GGAGUGUCCCGUGGCGCUCUCUAGCCUCCAACUGCCAUCGACCUGUCAGUUACAAAAUUGGUUGUGUUUUUCUUGACAAAUUUCUGAUUGAAACUGUCCGAAAUGUCAGAUCAGGGCGAAAAUAUGGUCAAUUCCGAGUCGGAAAACCUGUGCGUGGUGUGUUGCAAAACGGUGGAAAUCUACUCGGUGGGCGUCUGCGACCACCCCGUCUGUUUCGAGUGCUCCACCAGGAUGCGAGUCCUGUGCAACCAGAACGAGUGCCCCAUAUGCCGGGGGCAGAUGCCCAAGGUGAUCUUCACCGACACGGUGGCCCCCUUUGCCACUCUCUUCGCCAACUUCCAGCACACCAACUUGCAAGACCGCAAGUUCGGCCUGAUCUUCUGCACGGAGGAGAUCAAGAAGGCGUACCAACGGCUGCUGGAGUUCCGGUGCGCGAUCUGCACCAAAGCCAACGGCCGCAGAUGCACGUUCUACACCUUCCAGCAGCUGAAGGACCACAUGAGACGCGAGCACAACUUGGUCUAUUGCGAUCUGUGUGUGGAGAAUUUGAAGAUUUUUUGCUUCGAGCGGCGGUGUUACACCAAGCAAGAGUUGGGGUACCAUCGCAGGAAAGGCGACCCGGAUAACACGUCACACAGGGGGCACCCGCUGUGCGAGUUUUGUGACACGAGGUUUAUGGAUAGCGACGAAUUGUUCAGGCAUUUGAGGCGAAUGCACUUGUUUUGCCACUUUUGUGACGCUGAUGGAAAACACCAAUAUUACAAUUCGAUGGAGGACCUCCAGAGGCAUUUCCGCGAGGAGCACCACCUCUGCGAGGAGGGGGAGUGCAGUAAUAUGCCCCUAACGGCCGUUUUUAGGACCGACAUUGAUUUAAAAGCCCACAUUGCAACGGAACACGGCCGCCAUUUGAGCAAAUCAGCCAAUAAACAAGCGCGAACACUUGAAUUUGAAUUUACUUUAGCCCCAAGACCUGGCUCUGAUCGAAACAAACGACAAACACGUCUUGAACGAACUGACGAAGAAGGUGCAGUUGGCUAUGACACCGAACCUGGGGGCCCCGGAGGGGGCCCCCGAACUACUACAUUAACACCACAAGAUUUUCCAGCUUUGGGUAACUCAACUGUGACCGUUCAAAGUCGCCCUACGACUACUGUUAAUUUUACGUCGAAAUUAAAUCCUUAUAACAGUGAUGAUUUUCCGGCUUUAGGUGGUUCCCGUACGCCGGCCGUAACCAUAACUACGGAUUCGACGGCGCGUAAAAAGGGCCCAGGGGUGACCAUAACGCGCACUUUGAGAGGCCCUUCGGCCCAAAAUUUGCAAAUGAAUUCUGAGAAUUUCCCACGUUUAGGGGCGCCAUCUAACGGGACUAGCACCGUACAUUUAAGUCUAAACAAUGUCAAAAGCUCGGCACCCAACGUCUCAAUCCACGUCAAUCAUAAUGGUGCUAUAACAACCACUCACAUAACAAGCACCUCGUCACAUUCUAACGGCUUCAACAUCAACCAACGCCCAGUUGAGGCUUUCCCCGCUUUAGGCAACACUUCCGUACCUUUAAACCCGAAAUGGGUGCAACAAAAACCAAAAAAACCGGAAUCACGCUUAAGUAAAGUCGCCCCAGCACCGUCCCUACCCCCGAGUGACUUAACUCAAUUCCCCACCCUAAAGAAAAACGAGAAAAAUGCCAAAAAAUCGUCAACAGUCACGGUCCCCGUCUCCGGCUCAUGGCCAACUAGCGCAAGCAAUAACAAAACAAAUAAAACCGCCAAGAAACAAAAAAAGAAAAGCGACGACGAAACGAACAAAAACGGCAUUGUGAAAAAACGCUCCGAGCUAAACAUCGGCGCUUUGAGUCUGGAGCCGUCGCCUCCGCCGGGCUUUCCCGCCAAGCCCCCGCCCGGCUUCAACGUGACCAAUCAGAGCUUCCCCAGUCUGGGCGCGUCCAAUGACUUGACGUUUACGAGCAGCAGCGGCCAAUCGUAUUCGAUCAAACCGACCAAUUACCACCAACCGGCGAACUUCGGGGCCCGCAACCAGAACCUGAUCAAGCGGGCCAUGAACGUGUUGGAUGGUGAUACGAUUCAGGAGUUUAAAUCGUACUCGGCCAAGUUCCGAGAGGGGGCGAUGCCGCCCGAAGACUACCACGAGUACUGCAAAGCCCUGCUGGGGCCAAGCUUUAAGGAGCUGUUCUCCGAACUGCUAGUCCUUCUGCCCGACAUCGAAAAACAGCAAGACUUGUACCGGGUCUGUGGCCCAGAGGUUAGGAAAAACCUCGUCGUGUGCGAAAACUGCAGCCAGGUCGUGUUUAAACGCGAAUUGAGCGAGCAUUACAAUUAUCACGCCUUGGACAGCCAGUUCCCCAGUCUGGGGAAAACCCCCGAGGGGGGCAAUGCCUGGCGGAAGUAGUUUUUUGGUUUGUUGGAGUUUUAGUCGCUAACUUCGCCUUAUGUGAUUUGUUUAGAACUAACAAGGUGAUCACAGUGUAAAUAAAUAGUUUUGUAUGAUGAAAGUUUACGUUUGUAUUUUUAAAAUAAGAAUAAAGUUGCAAUAAAUCCGA